AUGGGGGCAGUGGAGCGCCCCGAGAUAACCGGAUUUGCCGACUUCGAUGCGGGCCAUCGGGAUCUGGUUACCGUCACCAGAUUUAACUUCUAUGGCAACCGUAUUGUCACAGCUUCGUCUGAUCACCGCAUGAAAGUGUGGGAUCUUAAAGAUGGCCAAUGGCAACUGAUAGACACCUGGCGCGCCCACGACGCCGAGAUACGCGAUGCAAAUUGGAAUGGACCAUUUACAGGCCAGCAUAUCGGUAGUGUCGGCGAAGACAUGAAGUUAAAACUCUGGCAAGAAGACGUAACCCAGCCACCAAACUCGGGACGGCGUUUCAGGUGUAUCUUCCGUCUGACCGCGCCGGAAAGACAUCCAUUUGUGUCACUUGACUUCCGCAACAUUGACCUGGAGUCAUGGAUGGCUGCGAUUACACGCGAUGGGUACCUGAUGGUUUUGGAACCCACCAGCCCUGAUACUCUGGCCGAUUGGCAGACAAUUGACCAAUUCCGAGUGUGUACUGCUCCCGAACGUGGGGAGGAGACAAGUUUCAAGGUCCAGUUUCAUCAUGAUCCAACCGAUAUCACUCAUACUGUCUCGCCAGACUCCGAUCGGAAAAGUAUGUCAUUGGUUGUGGCGGCGAUGGAUACGGUCAAAAUCUACCGCACUGAUUCAAACCGCCAAUUCUACCAUGCAAUCGAGUUGAAUGGGCACAGCGGGCUUGUGAGAGAUAUUUCUUGGGCCAAUGGCUCUGUUCGUGGCUAUGAUCUCAUUGCAAGCGGUGGGAAGGAUGGCUUGGUCCGCAUUUUUGAGGUUUACACAACGCCAGCCAGUCAAGCAUCGCAGAACAAUAACACCCAAAAGGCCGAGCAUCGCGUUCAAUCCCCUUCGGCUCGGGCCAAGUCGCAGUCUGGAAUCGGCUCUGCUUUGGCGAACCGUGUGCCUGCGUCGCAGACUGACCGUCGGGCUAGUGGGGACUCCCAGUUCAGACAUUCGUUCAAACAGGUAGCUUGCAUCGAUACUAAACACCUCGAUGUAUGGCAGGUCCAAUUCUCAUUCUCUGGUGACUCGCUGAUUUCCUCUGGAGAUGACGGGACGGUCCGGUUCUGGAAAAGAGCACUGUCGGGCGAAUGGCUCGAGUUCGCUGAAACAGAUAUGGUGUGCCAGUGA